GAUCUGCGGAAGCUGGACGGCGGGCCGGGCCCACGGGCGGGGCCCAGCGCGAGUGCGGAGCUGCAGGACACGGAGCGGCGGCUGCGGGCCGCAGUGCGGCGCUCCGAGGCGGAGGCCGACCAGGAGCGCGCGGGGCUGCUGCGGGAGGGCGCCGAGCUCGAGGGCCAGGAGGAGCACCUGGCUCGCCGCCGCGACGCGGCGCUCACGCGCACGCGGGGGCUCUUCGAGGAG